CGAUACGAUACGUGUGACGUAGAAAAGUGCAUGUUCGCACGUGUAGAGUUGUAGAUCUAAUUUUCAAUUUAUUUUUAGUCUUAGUUAUAAAUUGUAUUUAAAAAUUAAUUAACCAACAGGUUUACUUAAAUUUUAUUCGUGAAAACCACUAUACUUGUUGUUCGUGAUCGCUUCACAGCCCGUGUAAAGAUGUGAAAUAUAGUCAAGAAAUGUCCAAAGAAGGUUAUAGUUCCGAUAAAAAAGAAGGUGAAAAUAAAGUUUUGCUCUUAGAAAGAUUGCAAACUUAUCUGAAAGACAAGAAGAGUUCGGACGUCUCCGAAGCGGGGCUCAGUUAUAGCAAACCGAGCACUAGUUACGAGCACGACCAUCCGCCACCGUUCCUCGAGGAAUCUUCCAACAUAUUGAGAGACGUGCUGAACCACAAGAGGGCGGAACUGCUGCGGCAACCGGAAAUAGUAGCAUUUUUAAAAUCUGUCUCUUCUGACUUGAAGAAAUAAAGAUGGCUGUCGCAGCUCAGAAGAGCAUUGCAUCGCUGAUGCGCAAGACGCUAGACCGGCAGGAGGCCACGGCACGCAUCAACUUUAGAUUCAAGGAGCGACAAGUCGAGAAGAUUAUCCUACGUGUAGUUAAAGAUAGAAACUCUGUCCCUUACAAUGAGCUAAUCAAAGUGCUUAGAGAAUAUCCUCUAAAUGACGAUAACUAUAAGAUCUUAAUAGAGGAUUGCUUGACGUGCGUGAUGUUAUUAGGACGCGAGUUUAAGCAGUUUUUAGCACUUGUGUGUAAGGUGGACUGGUCGGGGCGUAGUGAGGAGUGUGUGGAGCUGUUUGGCCGUUUCAUACUUAACCUGGUGACGGCACACACCUACCACUGCCCUAUGGUGCUAGCUAAUUUAGUAACACAAUUUAAAGCUAAUGGUGACAAUUGGGACGAGCAUCCGCCAGCUGAGAGUAUAAAAUUGUGGUCCAACAUACACUCCCUUAUUGCACAAAUAGUUGCAACAAUGCCUAUGACCAGUGAUCUGCUAAUGCAGAUAGUGAUAGAACAGUUUCCAUACUACAAAGCUGGGUGUUUCCCUAAUAGGGCAUAUAUACACAAUCUGAUCUGGAUGACCAAGUACCUUCCAUCUCUUAGGGAACAUAUCAUGACAGCUAUAGUUAUUAGAAUGGUAGAAAUGGAUUCAAACAUAGUAGACCGAGCGAAGAACAAGCAGCCGGAGUUGAUGUUCGAAAUGGAGACGGACGAGAAGGACGAGCUAGCUCCAACACUGGAUUACUGCAUGCUGGAGAUGCUGCGAUGGCUGGAGGAUGAGCGGGAUCCGGUACUGUUCACUAUUUGCAACGUGUUUGAGAGGAUUGUGCUGCCUACACAUGGAAUCAAACACGUCCAGUUCCUCCUGCUGUACGCGACGUCGAUCAGCCAGGCGUGCGCGGACCGCGUGCUGGAGCGGCUGUGGGCGGCGGCGGCGGGGCUGCAGGGCGGCGGCGCAGGCGCGGGCGCGCCGGCCACGCGCCGCACGGCCGCCGCGCACCUCGCGGGGCUGCUGGCGCGUGCUGUACGCGUGCCCAACACCAGACUGAUCCACUACUUAAGAAACAUGUCGGAAUGGUGCCACUCGUACAUAACGGCGACGCAAGAAACUACCUCCAACGACAACACGAAAGUUCACGGCGCCUUCCACGCGAUAUGCCACUCGAUAUUCUACCUUGUGGCCUUUAAACACCACCAUCUGUUCGCUAGCAAAGAGAAUGUAAACUUCGUAGAAUCCCUAAACCUGCCUCGCCUGGUAACCUGCUCCCUGAACCCCCUCCGCACCUGUCCCCCACAAGUGACCCGCGGCUUCGCGUCGGUCACCAGGUCUCACCAGGUCGUCUACUGCCAAGCUAUUAUUGAGAAGAACAGUCGAGUGACGCUGCAAGCUUCCAAUGUCCAGGAGUAUGAUGAUUGGUUCCCGUACGACCCUUAUAUGUUGCCUGUGUCCGGUAAAAUGAUCUGGCCACUCUGCGUCGAAUACAAAGAUUGGGGCAGAGACAACGAAGACGAAACUCAAUACUCUGGCAUGAAACGGAAGCUAGAAGAGGAUGACGACUUCCUUAUGACUGCCAGUCCUUCGCAGAAACUAGCUAGCUCGCUUUCCAACUGCGUUUCACCUGGAUUUAGGACGAGUGAGAGUGUCAUGUAAAUGUGUCAUUCCUCAGCAAUCUCAUUAUCCUGGCUAUACCUAUUCGCAAAUUCCCAGGUUCCGCUAAGCAGUUUUGUCUGUAGAUGGAACCAUGAUGGGACUUGGCACGGGUUACAUUACACAGUCACCAAAAAUGAGAUGCUAAUAAAGCGGAGUCUUCUGGGAAUUUGCGAUUAGACGAUUUGCCAGGGGAAUGAGAAUUUUGUAGAAUGACCCAAAUAUAGACUCAAAUAUCAUAGCAUUAGGGUAUAAACUCUGAAAUUAAGCGAAAGCUAUUAAGAUAUAGAUUUUCUAAUGACUGCCAGUCCUUCGCAAAAACUAGCUAGUUCACUAUCCAACUGUAUAUCACCUGUAUUCAGAACGAGCGGGAGAGUUAUGUGAAUAUCAACCCUAUUUUUAUAAUAUUAAGGUCUGAUUUAGACGGAGCGCGAACUCGCAUGCGAUUUUAGUUACAUUGCGGACUGUUGGUUACGUUCAAUUCAACCGAUCAAAACCCGCAAUGUAAUGAAACUCGCAUGCGAGUUCUCGCAUCGUCUAAAUAAGCCCUAAAGUACGAACUACAUUCUCCAUAUAUCUUAAAGGUAGGUAGCAUGCAGUCCAACUGCAUGUUGACUGAACUUAGGACUUUAACAUUAUAGCGUUAAGAGUAGAAACAGCAGCACUCCUAACUGUACAUUGGAGGACCUUAUUGCAAAACGCAUAAGGUCCACCGAUGUACAGUUAAGAGUGUGGGCGAUGAUAGGUACAUUACAUACUUCUUGAUGACACUGACACCCAGUUCUCUUCCUGUCACACUGCCGGCGUAUUAUGGAUGGCUUUAUCCACGCGAUAAAAUAAACUGUCACUAUUUAACACCGCGGGAUAGAAAGUGACGGAUACCGUUUUGUCACGCUGUCACGUAGACAAAAACGAACAUCAUAUCCAUGCAGGUCUUGAGAACCAGUGAAUGUUGUAUGAAUUUAUUUAUUAUAAAUAUUUUUAAUAUGUAAUACGGUACUAAGAGUUGUAAUUCACUCGACAAGGUUUUUUGAGACCAAAAUGAUACAAGUAUCAUAAUAUAUUUUGAUUUAACUGGCCA